AUGGAUGUGGACCAACAGAUGGAUGAGGAUGAUCACCGGAUGGGAUAUGAUAUCGUUCAACAGCAGCAGCAGGUUGCGAAUGGCGUCGAGAACCACAACCAAGCUGCUGCAGCGGUAGACGGAGGAGGACCGGAAGAAGUGACGUUUGAUGAAGACUACGCCGAUCAAGAGACAGACGCUGACGCCGAGGGACUGGCCCUUGAGCAGCUGCAACGCCGCGGACUGCUUCCGACAGGAUGCUGUUACGACGUGCGGAUGAAGAUGCACAUGAAUGCCGACUUCAGCCCUAACGCUCACCACCCUGAGGACCCACGGCGGAUCCACGAGAUCUUUGAGGCCUUCAAGCGCAACGGACUCGUGUACACGGGGCCACAGUCAGAGCUGCCCAAGAUUCUCAAGCGCACGCCCACGCGGUACAUGUGGCGCAUCCCGGCACGCAAUGCCACGCGUGGCGAAAUCUGCCUGGCGCACUCGCCCGAGCACCUGGCAUGGGUCGAGAGCCUUGACACGAUGAGCACGGCCGAGCUGCGCGAACUGACCAAGCGCUACGACCAGGGCCGCGAGUCGCUGUACGUUGGCGCCAUGUCGCACGCUGUAGCCAGGCUGUCGGCGGGCGGCGCCAUCGAGACGUGCAAGGCCGUCGUCGACUCAAGAGUCAAAAACGCAUUUGCCGUCAUUCGCCCUCCCGGUCACCAUGCCGAGUUCGACUGCCCCAUGGGUUUCUGCAUCUUCAACAACGUGCCCGUGGCUGUGCGUGUGUGCCAGGCCGAUUACGCCGAGACGUGCCGCAAGGUGCUAAUCCUCGAUUGGGACGUGCACCACGGGAACGGCGUCCAAAACAUAUUCUAUGACGACCCCAACGUCCUUUACAUCUCGCUGCACGUCUACCAGAAUGGCCACUUCUACCCGGGCAAGCCGCCCAACCCCAUGACGCCCGACGGCGGCAUUGACCAGUGCGGCAUGGGCAUGGGCCUAGGCCGCAACGUCAACAUUCCCUGGCACGACCAGGGUAUGGGCGAUGGAGAGUACAUGGCUGCCUUCCAGAAGAUUGUCAUGCCCAUCGCCCACGAGUUCAAUCCGGACCUGGUGGUCAUAUCGGCCGGUUUCGACGCCGCCGACGGCGACGAGCUGGGCGGCUGCUUCGUCUCUCCCACCUGCUAUGCCCAUAUGACGCACAUGCUCAUGUCACUGGCCGGAGGCAAAGUGGCCGUCUGUCUCGAGGGCGGAUAUAACCUGCGAGCCAUCUCGGACUCAGCCGUCGCCGUUGCCAAGACGCUCAUGGGCGAGCCCCCGCCACGCAUGGACGUACUCCCCAAGAUCAACAAGGAGGCUGCCCGGACCAUUGCCAACGUCCGUGCAUACCAAGCCCCCUACUGGGAGUGUAUGCGCUCGGGCGUCGUGGACGUUCCGGACGUCCAGUCGCUCGGUGCUGAGAGGUUGCACGAUGUGAUCCGUACUGCUCAGCGGCAGACGCUCCAGGGGAAGCAUAACAUGACGCCUCUGUACGUCCAGAGGGAACAUAUAUAUCGGUCCUUUGAAAAUCAGGUUCUUGUCACGCCAAGUCUCGAUGGGGCAAAGAAGGUGUUGGUCAUCAUACAUGAUCCCCCCCAACUACUCGCCCAGCCAGAUGUAGUAGACACGACGCUCGAACCACACAAUUCGUGGGUCGUCGACGGCGUCACCGACUAUAUCGACUGGGCUGUCAAGGAGGGCUUCGGCGUCAUGGAUAUCAAUGUCCCCGCCUACCUGACGCAGGACGAGGACAUGGACCCCUUUAUCCCCAAGUUGAAUGAGAAAGAGCUCCAGCAGCAAAUCACGUCUCUGGUGUGCUAUCUCUGGGACAAUUAUAUUCAGAUGUUUAGUGCAGAUGAGAUUUUCCUCAUGGGCGUGGGCAACGCCUAUCUCGGCGUCAAGGUUCUCCUGGUCAACAGGGAAUGCAAAGAACGCAUCUCUGGCAUCGUCAACUUCGUCACGGGAAAUCUCCGCCCCGUCAAGUCAGACAUUGACGAGCGCUUGUCGGCAUGGUACAAGGACAACUCGCGGGUCUACGUGGCAGGGGACCACGCUUGCUGGUCUGACCCGGAUCUGAUGCGCAAGGUGAACAAGCGUCGUUUUGGAUCCGUCGUGAGGAGCCCUGCCCAUGGCCUUAAUAGAAUGAUGCGGACGCAUGCGGCAGAAGCGCACGAGUGGAUCCUGGAACGAGUGACGGAUCAUAGUUCGGGGGAGACGACAGAGGAAGAUGACGAUAACGAGGGAGCAUAA